CUUGUAAGAAACGCUUUCCUUUAUUUUAUUCUGGUUUAUCUGCUACGCAUAAUUUACUCUUCUGCCCUCAGCUGUGAUUCCAACACCUGUCUCUCUCUCUGUCUCCUUGCGCGAUACAUUUCAGCGACCGAAGCGCCAUAUUCGUUGAAUGAAGGGAAGGUUUAUCUGAAUUUUCAGCGAAUAAUAGGGUGGACUGGAUCGGCGCAGGACAAUUGGGUCUUUCUAUUGCCCUGAUUAACCAUUCUGCUUUUGAUUUUCUUGUUUGUUUGAUGCAGGAGGGGGAUGAUUUGAGGAAAAUACGAGCUGGGUUUUGUGGGAAUUGUUGGAUUUCGGAGUCGGGAGGGGAGAUUGGGCGUUGAAGAGCGAUAGGGUUUUUGUUGGUGGGUAUUGUUCUCGUUUUGUUUUGCUUUGUUUUCGUUUUUUCUGUGUAGAAUUUUUUGAGGGUGUCGUAGAAGAGGGACUGAGGGAGUAGUAGUUCGUGUAAAUUUGGAGGCGAGAAGAGAUGGGUUUCUUCAGCACUAUAAUGGGGUUUUGUGGAUUUGGAUUUGGGGUGUCUGUGGGUCUUCUUGUUGGGUAUUAUCUCUUCAUCUAUUUCCAACCUACUGGCGUUGAGGAUCCUGUUAUUCAUCCAUUGGCUGAGCAAGACUCGCAAAUUUUGCAGCGGUUACUUCCAGAAAUACCUCUUUGGGUGAAAAAUCCAGAUUAUGAUCGUAUUGACUGGCUGAACAAGUUUAUAGAAUAUAUGUGGCCUUACCUGGACAAGGCAAUUUGCAAGACUGCAAAGGACAUUGCAAAGCCCAUUAUUGCUGAGCAAAUUCCAAACUAUAAAAUUGAGUCUGUUGAAUUUGAAGAAUUGACGUUAGGGUCUUUACCUCCAACUUUUCAAGGCAUGAAAGUUUAUGUUACUGAUGAAAAGGAGUUGAUUAUGGAGCCAUCCUUAAAAUGGGCAGGAAAUCCUAAUGUCAUUGUCGCUGUUAAAGCAUUUGGGUUGAAAGCAACUGUUCAGAUGGUGGAUUUGCAAGUGUUUGCUGCCCCACGCAUCACCCUGAAGCCAUUGGUCCCAAGCUUUCCUUGUUUUGCCAAAAUCUAUGUGUCUCUUAUGGAGAAGCCUCAGGUUGACUUUGGAUUGAAGCUUGUAGGGGCAGAUCUUAUGUCAAUUCCUGGCUUGUACAGGUUCGUCCAGGAGUUGAUUAAAGAUCAGGUUUCCAACAUGUAUCUAUGGCCCAGAACCCUGGAAAUACCAAUUUUGGAUGUGUCAAAGGCUUUGAAGAAGCCUGUUGGAAUUCUCCAUGUUAAGGUCUUGAGGGCAAUGAAGCUAAAAAAGAAAGAUCUUCUUGGUGCAUCAGAUCCUUAUGUGAAACUAAAGCUCACUGAAGAUAAGCUUCCAAGAAAGAAAACGACUGUGAAACACAAAAACCUGAACCCUGAAUGGAAUGAAGAAUUUAAUAUGGUUGUUAAAGAUCCAGAGUCCCAAGCUUUAGAGCUUCAAGUUUAUGAUUGGGAGCAGGUUGGAAAACAUGAUAAGAUGGGUAUGAACGUUGUUCCCUUGAAAGAGCUUUCCCCUGAAGAGCCAAAAGUUAUGACACUGGACCUUUUGAAGAAUAUGGAUCCAAAUGAUGUUCAAAAUGAGAAGUCACGGGGACAGCUUGUAGUGGAAUUGAUGUACAAACCUUUUAAAGAGGAGGACAUGCCUAAAGGUUUUGAAGAUUCAGGUACAGUACAGAAGGCUCCUGAAGGAACUCCUCCUGGUGGAGGCCUACUUGUGAUUAUGGUUCAUGAGGCUCAAGAUGUUGAAGGAAAGCACCAUACCAAUCCAUAUGUUCGGAUUAUUUUCAAAGGAGAAGAGAGAAGAACUAAGCAUGUAAAGAAGAACAGAGAUCCAAGAUGGGAAGAGGAGUUUCAGUUUACGCUUGAUGAGCCACCUAUUAAUGAUAGAAUACACGUGGAAGUUGUAAGCACCUCGUCAAGGAUUGGCCUACUUCAUCCCAAGGUAUCUCUGGGGUAUGUUGAUAUCAGUCUUUCGGAUGUCGUUCACAACAAGAGGAUCAACGAGAGAUACCAUCUCAUAGAUUCGAAGAAUGGACGGAUUCAAAUUGAGCUGCAAUGGAGAACUUCUUCUUGAUUUUUUACCAAAUUUUCUGUUCUACCGUUUGUUCCGAGAUUAGAAUCAUUUAUGGAUGAGAGAAACAGAUUUCAUUUUUCUCAAAUUUCAAACUUCCGACAAGAUCCUUGUGUCUGUUGUCUCUGUACAUGAUUGUAUCAACAUAAACACAGAAGAACCAAUUUUGUAACACCCGGCUUUUACUGAUACAUGACUUUUUUCUUA